UCUUGUUAUAAGGUUUGGGCGAAUCAGAAUUACGAGUUUAGGGUUUUAACGCAUAUAUUUUUUUUCGGAAUACCCUAACAUUCUUUGUUCGCGAGUAGAAGAUUCAAGCUGCUGUGGCGGGUGAAGCAGAGGAGAAGAGAAGCAGAAGAAAUGGCUCCUCUAGUAGCAAAGAAGGGAGCGGCGCCCGCAAAGGGAGGGAAAAAGAAGGCUAACACCUUCGUCAUUGACUGUGGAAAGCCAGUAGAAGACAAGAUCAUGGACAUCGCCUCCUUUGAGAAGUUUUUGCAGGAUCGCAUCAAGGUCGGCGGUAAAACAGGGGUUUUGGGUGAUGUGGUUACCAUCUCCCGCGACAAGAACAAGCUCAGUGUCACUUCUGAGACGGCCUUUUCUAAAAGAUAUUUGAAGUACUUGACAAAGAAGUAUUUGAAAAAGCAUAAUGUCAGGGAUUGGCUGCGAGUGAUAGCUUCCAAUAAGGAUCGCAAUGUCUAUGAGCUACGUUAUUUCAACAUUGCUGAGAACGAGGCAGAGGAUGAAGAUUAAAUUUAAGUUUUGUCAGUAUUUAGGUGUAAGUGACACUGAUUUUUUUAACUAUAAAGAGUCGGCUGCUGCAAUUCUGUCAUAAAUAUCAUGCUAGAUUCGAGUUUAUUUUGUUUGCUUCUAUUUUGGCAGGCUGUUUACCUCGACUAUGUAGGUAGAGAGCUUGCAUUUCGAAGUUAGGGGACAAUUUUUUGUAGUCUUUGAAUUGCAGAAUUUUAUGUAUGUUACUUGAAUUCUAUAUGCCAGUUGGGCAUUUGAUUAUUUUUCAAAUGUAAUUUCUUAAUCCUUUUCUUAUGCAACUUAGAUUGAUUAUCAUA